AUGCCUCCUAGCCGAUCUAUUACACUUUUCCAGCCUAAUCUGGAAAUGUCCCAGCACACUGCCAAUGUUCUCAAUGCUCACUUGAUCAACGGGAACCAUCACGCUGAUUACUUAGUUCUCAACAGCUCUCAGUACAAGGAGUUGAGAGAAGAAGCAAGGCACAUGGGUGAAUUUUUACCUAGUAUAGUUAUCAGUGCGAAGUUUGCUGAACCCAAGCUGAUUUCCCAAUAUGGGAAUAUUAAUAUCCCUAUGAUCGAGCUUCCUUUGGAAACUCAAUCAAUUCGUUCACCCACUCCCAUGGCCUUUGCCUGCCGUAUAACUAGUGGUCCAUUCCUUCCUGGCUACGAUACAGAUUUCUACACGAAGGACAACUUUAGCGCUACUGCGGAAGUUAAGAGAGGUGAGGUGAGAUUGAAGAAAGAAGAAGAAACUGACGAUGAAGACUCCAUGUGCAGGAAUGUUCCACCUACUCCUCCUCCCACUCCCUCUAUUCAGUCACGUGCACCCGCGUUGAAACCUGUGAGUCUUCCGAUCGCGGAAGGCUGGACUAACAUUACGAAGGAAACCUCUGGCGGAGACGUCAAUGCAGAAGGUAUCCGUGACAAUGAAGACACCUCAGAUGAUUCCAUGUCCACCAACUCAUCCUCCUCCCUGUCUGAUGGGGAGGACAACGAUGCACUCAUGCUCCCAUCUCAGAUGAUAGUCUACCAUUGUCUCUCACAUCUCGCGCAAGACCUCGCCAACCCGGAAUCUCAUUGCACAAUUCCUUCGCUCGUCCCGUCCCUCAAAUCCAACAGGACUCUUGACAUGUUGGACGAGGCCAUGGCUGACCAGGCAGUACAUGAGCUAGGGCUUGAGCUCGCUGGUUUUCAUACCGCUCGCCCUAGCUCUGUUUUCCAUUAUGAUACACCCAGCUACGACAAAACUGUCCCGCAUGGACGCUCCUGUCUUCAUACUCAUUUGUACGAGUUGAAGAACAUGCGUGCGAUCCUUCAGCUAAUGCACGCUACACUUACUCCCAUUCAGUCACAGGAAUCACUCCUUUCACUUAUCUUCAUGAUUGUCGACAGAGUGCACUGCAUCCCCGCCAACAUCAAUUGGGUGUCUUUCUUUUUGCAGAUGUGUCCCACAUCUAACCCAUUGUUCACUAUCGACAAGGCUGCGACGCUUCACACUGCGUCGGGUUUAUUCCGUUUCUAUUCCUAUUUUCAACUCACUGACACUAUCAAUGACCUCCUUGCACUAUCCCUUCUAGACGAGGACAUUGUCCACCAACUCCUCCAGAACUAUUCUCUCGACAACCUUUGUGGUACUGGUGUCAUGCUAAAUGUCAGCUCUAACUACUUGUUGUGUACCGCCAAGUCCCAGGCCCAACGUUGCUUCAACACUUGGCACAUUGGCCCAUACAUUUUGGAAUAG